GGUUCGGCCGGCCUCUCCAACUACGGCCCUAUCCACUCACACACAGCACGUACGCCCCCAUCUCCACUUUGCAAAAAAUAGCCUCAGCACAGCCGCCGCCGCCCCACCCCGUCCGACCUCCUCUCCCGAGCCGCCACCCCCGUCGAGCCUGCAGCGGCCGCCCCGGUCGCAGGCCCGCGCCGCCGCCCCGGUCGAGCCUGCAGCAGCUGCCCCGGCGCAGGCCCGCGCCGCCGCCCCCGUCGAGCCUGCUGCAGCCGCCACCGUCGCAGGCCCGCGCCGCCGCCCCCAUCGCGCCCGCAGCCCCACCUCGUCCCGCGAGUGCUCCGGCCGGCACCCUCGAAGGCUGGCUAUGCUUCGAGGUGGACACCGGGGCCGGCGUCGUAGAGCUGGUUGAAGGAGUGUCCCAGAUCUUCUUCGACGAUUCGCUCACGCUUCUAGGGUGAUUCAAACAUGCCAGGAGGAGGACUAGUGAAGAAGGCCGCGAAGAAAGUUAGGGCCGUGUCUACGCUUCUCUCGAAGCCAGUCCCAAGAGCUUCAAGAUCCACUUCGAGAAGGGUGGAUAGACGACGACCUAGUCCUGCUCCCACUACGAGGAGGAAGGGUAGAAGACUACGUACUCCGUCUCCCCCACCCGUUGACGAUGAGGAGGAUGAGGAGGAUGAGGAGGAUGAGGAGGAGGACCGUGUGGCAGAGGAGGAGGACGAGGAGGAGGACUCGGGGGGUGAGCACGAGGAGGUGGAGCACGAGGAGGUGGAGCACGAGGAGGGUGAGGACUCGGAGAGUGAGAAGGAGGAGGAGGAGCUGCCUGUUUUUGACUUCGAGGACGAGGAGGGUGAGGCGAGGGUCUGGAAGGAACCGGCCGAGUACGUUGAGCCCGAGUACACGGGGAUGCCUCAGGAGCCUGGGACGACGACUCCGUACAUGCGGGGGGCGGCGUUACUACCUAGUAUGGAUUGGUGGGAGAAAAAGGAUGGGAAUGUGGUGCUCACACCGAGCGGAAAAAAUUCGUUCGUGUAUAAGAAUGGGAAGCAUGCACGCACCUACUCGAGCAUCCUUGCAUGCAUCAUCAGAAAAUACUUCCCUGGGGCUGUAAAAAUGCCCAAUGGUCGUUGGGAGAUAGCUUUGAGUUGGAGGCACUACAAGCUAGCAAGAGAUCCCUUGGGCACGAGGCAGGAGUACCUUGUGAACUGCCAGGCGAGGGUCAUCAAGGAGUUCUGGUCUUACUUUCAGAUGGAUCCGGAUUAUCCCCAGGUGGUGUGCGUUGCCCAGUCUCGCAGGGCGGCUGCGAAGCAAGUCACUGACACUAUGCACGAGGCGCGUGUGGGCUGCGUCCGAAGAUGGUACGCCAAGAAGCGCAAGUUGCCGAUGCGGGACAAGUCUCCAGCCCGAGAUAUCCUUAUGGAGCCGUGGCAGUACAUGCAGGUGCCUCCUCCGUUCGUAGGUCACGCCAGACCGGGAGUCUACAAGGCUAUGGUCCAUUGGUGGACAAGCGCCGAGUUCAAGAGGAGGCACAUAGCAGGACAGCUAAAGAGAGCUGCGAUGAUAGGUGGGUCACACACGCAAGGCAGCAUGCCCAUGACCGUCAUCAUGCAGAACAAGGAAAAAUAGUUAGGCACGACGCCCUCGAUGUUUCUGGUGUGGAAAGAGUGCCAUCAGAAGAAGAACAAGGAUGGGACACUAUCGUGGGUGAGCGAGAACGCCGAGCUGAAGGACACCGAGUACCGGGCCGGCUUUGCUGAAUCAUAU